AUGGCACCUGUUUUUGUAAAUAUACUUGUGCACGAUAAAGUGUCCUGCGUAGGGGUUCCCGUCGACACGGACACGCUCGGGACCCGAUCGACCAUCCUAGACGACAGAUCAUCGACGAAAACCUUUGACAAAUCCAGAACGACAUCGAGCACAUCGAUAAACACAUCAAAAACGGACCGGGACAGCGUCGCCGACUCCAAGCCGCACCCCGCCAAGUGCAGCGGGCGCGUGGUGGCGAGCGUGCGCGCGCUGCCGCGUUCCGAGCCCGUGCCCACAUCCCCACGUGCCGCAUCCCCCCGCCACGCCUCGCCUCGCCACGCUUCGCCCCGCCACGCACGCUCAUCCGGCACGCCACCCCCGCCGCCGCCGAGGAACAUAAGGAGACAAGACUCGUCAGCCAGUUCAUCACAGAGCCCGCCACCUGUUCCGGUGCGGAUGGCGAUGACUGUGACGGAUAACACGGCGAGGAAGGCGAAGAGAAAAACCAAUAAGACGCCUCGAUGAGAUGUCGUUUAGUGCUUUGGAUGCUGGGAACAAAAAUCUUAUGCUUGAUUAUUAAGUACUUAAAAAUAUCUAGAUAUUAAACCGAUUUAAUUAACAUUCAAUUACAAAUUGUAUAAACUUAAACUUAAGUGUUAGGGGCGUUUAGAUAAACAGUGCUGUCUUCUUCUUUCGAAUGUUAAAUCGAUUAUGUCAGAAAGAGACGUCAGUGUUUAAAGCGUGGAUAUAAAAAUGGGCUCGUUUGAGUUUCGUUUGAACAUAUUUUCGUAAUUAUUCCCUUUUUGUUCGUAAACUAUCCAUCAGAAGUUUCGUUUAAUGUU